GGGCCGAGGGUCGAAGCUCCACCGUGGUGGAAAAAAAAACCCGCCGUGGGAGUUGACGUGCGUCUGUCAAGUGUUUCUUAUCGUGCACCAGCGAGUAUGUGUUUGCGUGCCUUGCAUAGGCGCGUUUUGUGGAAACCGAACAUCAUUCAGUGAGCUGACACGAUUGAAUUACGGCCACGGAGCACGCGUGCUCCGAGUUCGGACUGAGGAAAAAAAAACGCUUUCUUGACUAAUUGUCCACGGGAGACACUUUUUUCCCCCUCCACUCAAAUGCAGGCACGGACGACACUUCAACUCAAUCGAUGACAAUCUGCUAAUACAGCCGCCCGCUGCUUCUUGUGGAAAGAUGGUGCCGUUCCUUCUUUUCUUCUUUGCUGCCUCGCCCUUACUCAGCGCAUCUGCACACAAUACAUCUGCUGGUUGUGCGAUCAUCCGUCCCCCCAGAGAUGGUGGGAUAAGAUACAGAGGCCUGACACAGGAGCAGAUUCGAAGUGUGCAAGUUCUCCCCGUUGACUAUGAGAUUGAGUACAUCUGCAGGGGAAGCCGUGUGAUUGUGGGACCCAAGGUCAGGAAAUGUUUGCCCAGCGGUACCUGGACCGACCUCAACCAACAAAGUAGAUGCUUGUUGUUAUGUCCUCGGGUUUGGACGUCUUUGGAAAAUGGUCGAGUGUCGUCUUGGCCGCAGGGGCUGCCGGUGGAGGGAACCGUACUGCACUAUAGUUGUCUCCCUGGUUUCAUCUUGAUGGGCCGAAACUCAACGCAGUGCAAUAAAUUGGGCAAGUGGGACACGCCCAAACCCGUGUGUCACUAUGACAGACAUUUCAAAGCUCUCGGCAAGAAGAAGCUAUACAUCGGAGCUCUCUUCCCAAUGAGCGGAGGCUGGCCUGGAGGGCAAGCUUGCCUCCCUGCCGCUAAGAUGGCCUUGGCUCUGGUGAAUGAGAGAGCCGAUAUUCUUCCGGACUACGAGCUGGAGUUAAUCCAUUAUGACAGCAUGUGUGAUCCCGGAGAAGCCACCAAGCUGCUUUACGACCUUCUGUACACCGAGCCCAUCAAGAUUGUACUGAUGCCUGGCUGCAGCUCAGUGUCCACACUGGUGGCUGAGGCUGCCCGCAUGUGGAACCUCAUAGUUUUGUCCUAUGGGUCCAGUUCUCCCGCUCUGUCCAAUCGCCAGCGCUUUCCGACUUUCUUUCGCACUCAUCCGUCUGCCACGCUGCACAACCCCACUCGAGUCCAGCUCUUCCAGAAGUGGAAAUGGACCAAGAUUGCCACCAUUCAGCAGACAACAGAAGUUUUUACAUCAACACUGGAUGAUCUCGAAGAGAGGGUGAAGGAGGCUGGGAUUGAAAUCAGCGUCCGUCAGAGUUUCCUCACUGACCCCGCUGUGGCUGUCAAAAACCUGAAGCGUCAAGAUGCCCGAAUCAUUGUUGGCCUCUUCUAUGAGACUGAAGCCAGGAAAGUCUUUUGCGAGGUAUACAAGGAGAAGUUGUACGGGAAGAAAUAUGUGUGGUUCCUCAUCGGCUGGUAUGCGGACAACUGGUUUAAAAUCAACGACCCGUCUGUCAACUGCACGGUGGAGCAAAUGACGGAAGCCGUCGAAGGUCACGUGACCACGGAGAUUGUCAUGCUCAACCCAGAGACCGUACGGGGAGCCUCCAACUUGACCUCCCAGGAAUUUCUCGACCAACUGAUGUCGAAGCUAGGGGGGAAAAACUCGGAGGAAACCGGCGGUUUUCAAGAAGCUCCCCUAGCUUACGAUGCUGUGUGGGCUCUCGCUCUGGCUCUCAACAAAACCGUGGGACCUCUGAAAGCCAAGGGUCGUCGCCUAGAGGAUUUCAAUUACAACAACCGAGAUGUAACGGCUGAAAUCUACCGUGCCCUCAACACCAGCUCCUUCGAAGGAGUUUCAGGCCAUGUCAUAUUUGAUGCCCAAGGUUCUCGGAUGGCCUGGACUCUAAUUGAGCAGCUCCAAGGAGGAAGCUAUAAGAAGAUUGGAUACUACGACAGCACCAAAGGCAAUCUGUCCUGGUAUGGGAACGACAAAUGGAUUGGGUCUGGACCCCCUGCCGACCAGACAAUGGUCAUCGAGGAGUUCCGCUACCUCUCCCAGAAGCUAUUUGUGUCCAUGUCUGUGUUUUCUGGUUUGGGAAUCCUGCUGGGCGUCAUCUGCCUUACUUUCAAUAUCUACAACAGCAGCGUGAGGUAUAUUCAGAAUUCGCAACCGUACCUGAACAACAUGACUGCAGUGGGCUGCAUGAUGGCUCUGGCUGCCAUCUUCCCUCUGGGCAUCGAUGGACUUCAUGUCCGCAGGAAGCAUUUCCCCGUUGUCUGCCAGUUUCGACUUUGGCUGCUGGGUCUGGGUUUCAGCCUUGCAUACGGCAGCAUGUUCACCAAAAUCUGGUGGGUUCACACAGUCUUCACCAAGAAGGAUGAGAAGAAGGAUAAGAAGAAGCACCUGGAGCCAUGGAAACUCUACGCAACUGUCGGCGUCCUGCUUGGCAUCGACUUCUUGUCUCUCAUGAUCUGGCAGAUUGUGGAUCCGUUACAUAUCACGGUGGAGAAGUUCACCCGAGAAGCCCCAAAAGGAGACCUGGAUGUUUUAAUCCAACCAUUAUUGGAGCACUGCAGCUCGGAAAAAAUGAACACCUGGCUCGGUGUGGUGUACGGUUACAAAGGCUUACUGCUGCUACUCGGCAUCUUCCUGGCUUACGAAACCAAGUCUAUCUCCACGGAGAAAAUCAACGACCACCGAGCUGUGGGCAUGGCCAUUUAUAAUGUUGCCGUGCUUUGUUUGAUCACAGCCCCCGUCACCAUGAUCCUGUCCUCUCAGCAGGACGCCUCAUUCGCCUUUGCCUCCCUGGCCAUCGUUUUUUCGGUCUACAUCACCCUGGUGGUUCUGUUUGUUCCGAAGAUGCGACGUCUGAUCACACGAGGUGAGUGGCAAUCCGACGCCCAGGAGACCAUGAAGACGGGUUCCUCCAUGAACAACAAUGAUGAGGAGAAAUCCAGACAGCUGGAGAGAGAGAACAAGGAGCUCCAGAAGAUAAUCCAGGAAAAAGAAGAACGUGUAUCAGAGCUGAGGAACCAGCUGUCUGAGCGACAGGCCCUUCGAUCACGGAGAAGACCAUCCACUGUCUCCAAUCAAAACCAUAACACACCCCCGCUCAGCAUCCCCCCCACUGACCCCAGAUCAUUGGCCCCGCCGCCAGGGUACCCUGCGCCCACUUCUGACCUGCAUGCGGUCCCUCCAUCCUUUGGCAAUUCUUCGAGCCUCUACCAGCCCGACAGCAAAAUCAGCCGCAAUAACUGUCACACCAGCCGGCUGCAGAUGCUCUACAAAUGAGGUGAACGUAAACGGAGGGUUUUCAUGAGAUUCGUUGUACAUGUUGAUGGACCUCAAUCAGGUUCAGCACGUGUAAAAAGAUGCCUCGGACGCGGGACAAAGACACGCAUUUUGUGAAGUGCAAUUUUGCAUCCGUCAUAUCCUACUGGUGUGUCAUGGAAACUAGGAUUUCAGAAAAUUGUUCCAACGUUGACUGUGCUGAGCUUAUCCCCCUUUGGAAUGGUAAUUUUGCUGAGAUUUCCUCCAUUAGCAAGCCAUUCAGGUUUUGGCCCCACUUCUCCAUCAGCAAAUUUAGCCCUUUCGGGGACAGCGGUUACUACAGUGAACAGCUUGUCAGAUUACAGGGUGCGUGAAGGUGUUAAAUACCGUGUUUUUUUGGAUCGUUUGUCGUUUUGGCGCGUCAGUAGCACCAGUCAAAAAAUAUGGUGCAUUUUUUGAAGAAGGAAAAAAAAAAUGACAUCAAGACCCUGAGAGCUUUCACUCGCACCCAAAAUGCUUGUUCCCUAAUCAUGCUGACGGGAGCAAACGAGUUCCGGUUGGAUUUGAAAGUCCCGCUUCGAACUACAGAAUUUUUUUUUUCUUUUUAGUUUAAAACGGCUUACUUUAACUACAAUCCCAUGUGGUGUUGUGGCCAAAGUUCGAAUCCUGGUCGGUUAUUACUCCUUUUGGUUCCAUAAAUAGUGUAAAUCCUUGUUUUGGCAGUUACGGUUUGGGUGCGAGUCCGAGGUCUAAUUUUAAUAUACAGUAUUCUAAUCGCAACGGAGUAUAAGUAGCAGGACCAGCCAAGGUAUGAAGAGAAGUGCGACUUUUAGAGUCCAAAAAAAAAAUACGAUUAAAAUGGCUUCUCACCAGGUUUCACCACCCAUGUUUUGACAGCUACCUGAAGAGCCGCCAUACUCUUUCGUGGCAAGUGGCGACCAGACAACACAGAUCAUAUCAAAACCGGGCAAAGACUAGCGUAGCUGUCAUAGCCACGAUAAAAAAGUUGAGUUUUACCUGUGUGCCAACAUACAAAGAAAACAAAUUCAUAAAUAAUUACAAUCAGUAACAUCCUAUCCAUAACUUGAUCUGGAGUAUCCUUUUCCUCUGGAUCUGGAACAAACGUGUAUGACUAAUAACCCAUAUGCUCAGGUGUCGUCAUGGCAUAAUCAAUAUUUGAAGUUGUAAUUUCACCCCCCAAAAAUAAUAAUAA